AAAAAAAAGAAAAAAAAGAAAAAAAAGAAAAAGAGAAUAAAACAGCCAAAGUGUUUUUCAGUCAAAUUUUAUCCCAUAUUGCUUCAAUUACCAUUCUUUUUUGUACUCUAAUACUCUAAUACUUUAUUUCUUUAAUACUCUUACAUUAUCUCAUUAUUACAUUAUUACCUUCUUUUAUUCUCAAUGGAAACCUUAAGCUUAAUCAACGAUCAUAAAAACUAUCGCUUUGUUUUAGCUUCAACUUCACCAAGAAGAUUGGAUAUUCUUAAACAAAUGGGGAUCAGUAACAUCGAAAUUUAUCCUUCUAGUUUUCCUGAAAAUUUGAAUAAAACUUUAUUAUCCCCCAAAGAUUACGUUUUACAAACUGCAGUGAAAAAGGGCGAAUUCGUUUACAAUGAGAUCAUAUCACAAAAACAUGCGCAACUUGAUAUAAAUAAUAUCACUCAAAAAGAGUCUCAAACCAUCACUCAAAAACUAAAUAAAAAUCUAUUAAUCCUAUCGUCUGAUACCAUAGUGGAAUCAAAUGGAACUAUUAAUGAAAAACCAAUUGAUAAAUCCCAUAAUUUCUUAAUGCUUAAAGAUUUAUUGAACUCUUCAAAAAAAAAUAUUAAUCAAAGCGUUAUGACCGCCAUUGCACUUUUCAAUGAAAAUGGCUUAGUCGCCUCAAAAGUAGAAGUAACCCAAGUAAUCAUGGACAAUAAUUUAACCGACGCUGAUCUACUCGAUUAUGUCGAAACUGGUGAAGGUAUAGGUGCCGCAGGGGGUUAUAAAAUUCAAGGUCUAGGAGGAAUUUUAUUCAAUAAAAUUGAUGGUGAUUUCUACAAUGUCGUUGGCUUACCUUUGAAGACAACCUUUAACUUAAUUAAAGACAAUAUUUGACUUAUUCAAACUUAUUCCACCUAAAUCAAACUUUAUUACCAUUUUAUUUCUCAUUUCUCUUAUCACCAAUCUUAUACACCAAUCUUAUUAUCGAUAUUCUUUAAUUUCUUUUUAUAUCGUCUAUUAGAGUAUUUUCAUAUUUCAAUAAUUCGACAAUUUUAUUUUUCCAGUGAAAUAUUCCCACAUAGACCACUUUGCAUAAGUAGCUUGACAUCUUGCAGACUUUUCCAUAUUUCAUGCUUCAGUCGCACAAAAGCAUUGAUCAACCCAAUGCUGUCAUCAUCUAUCCAACUCUAACCUCAAAACGACUUCCAAUUCCCACUUCCCAAUU